CCAAAACACAUCUCUCCCUCUUUCUCGCUGUCUCUCUCAUCUCCUUCCUGGAAGCUGACGAAAUGCUUUUGAAUUCUCCCACAUGCCUUUCAACAAAUUCAGUAUAAAUACUCAAAACCAGCUAGUUCUUCUCAUGCUCAUCAACAACAUUUGAUCAUAUAGCUCAUAAGCAUUUGAUCAGCACAAUCUAUCUCGAUCGUACCACAAUACAAACUUUUCAUCAGUAAUCAAAACACAUCAUAGAAAGAUGGGAAGAGCUCCAUGCUGCGAGAAGAUGGGAUUGAACAGAGGCCCAUGGACGCCUGAAGAAGAUCAAAUUUUGGUCUCUUUUAUCCACCAACAUGGCCAUAGUAACUGGCGAGCCCUCCCUAAGCAAGCUGGUCUUUUGAGAUGUGGAAAAAGCUGUAGACUUAGGUGGAUGAACUAUUUAAAACCUGAUAUUAAAAGAGGCAAUUUCACCCAAGCAGAGGAGGAUGCUAUCAUUAGUUUGCACCAAAUCCUUGGCAAUAGAUGGUCAGCAAUCGCAGCAAAAUUGCCUGGAAGAACGGAUAAUGAGAUCAAGAACGUAUGGCACACUCACUUGAAGAAAAGGCUGGAAGAUAAUCAACCCGCUAAACCUAAGACCAGCAACAAGAAAAAGAGUACUAAACCCAAAUCUCAGUCUGUACCAGCAAAAUCAAAGAGUACUAAAACCGAAUCGGAGCUCGCAAGCUCAUCGAACCCUUCUUUUGAAAGUUUGUUCUCAGCAUCACUUUCGGCGAGUGAUGAAGUUUCUUCAGAAACACUCACGAGCCACGAAGAUCAUAGCAAAGAGGCUCAGAUGGAUAAUAAAUUGAGAGAAAUGAUCACUACUACAGAUCAAGAUUCUUUCUCUUUCAUAAACUUCGGAGAAGACAUCGACGAGAGCUUCUGGAACGAGACGCUUUAUAGCCAAGAUGAAGAAAACCACACGUCGAAUCUUGAUGAGAUGCAGCAAGAGUUUCAGCACUUACGCUCCGUCGGUAAUGAGAUGAUUUUCGAUAGUGAGAUGGACUUUUGGUUCGAUGUAUUGCCCAGAAGUGGAGGGGAACAAGAUCUACUAGCUGGGCUCUAGUGGUGCAAAUUUGGUCUAGUUAGUUUAAUAAUUAGCGGUUGCUUGUUUGAAAAUAUGUUAUUCAUUUGUUUCUCCAAGAUCGAGUAGUUAGUUAGUUCAGUAAUAAACUAAUAAUAUAAGACGAGUUAUCAACUA